GGCACGUACAUAUAUGCACGUCAUGUCGACCAAGACCACCGUGGUGCGGAAAACGAGAUCCAGCAACUUGGAGUAUCGCGGCGACUCCAGAUUUCCAUCAGGCUCGGCGUGCGACCGUACGCUCGGAGACAGGCCGAUUCAUCUGAAGAGGAAUAGCGCGUACGAAGGAAAAGAGGUCGACAGAAUAAGGGAUAAAAGCGGCACGAGGAAAUAUCUGAUUCCCUCGAAGGAGCCUAUGGUCUAUCCGAAGAUCAUGACGAGGAAGGAGUAUGAGGACCUGAAAGAACGCAGCCGCGUAAUCACAAAGGAAGAGAGACAAACGACUGCGGAGGCCGCGGCGAAGGAGAGGGAGAGACUGACGAAGGAAAGCGCGGCACGGAAAGAGGCAAUCCGCAUGAUGGACAUGAAGAAGAGUCGCGAGAAGGAUCCGAGAACGAGGGAGAUCGAGGAGGAGGCAAGAAGGAGGACACGGCACAUCCUCGAGCGGGCGUACAACAUGCGUCUGGAGCAGGAGGAAGAGAUACAGAAGUGCACGCGGCUCAUCCUUGAGACCAAAUGCCGAGCUAUUCGCGACGCCCAAAUCGCGGAAAAGAAGCUGAUGGAACAGGAGCUUCUCGAGGAGGAGAAACGGCUGCACGACAUGAUGGAAGACGAGAGGAGAUGGGCGAUCAAGGAAGAGUCGCGAAAGGAACAGGAGGAGGCGGCCAAGAGGCUGCGAUUCGCCAAGAUCCUGAAGGAGCAGAUCGUGGAAAACGAGGAGCAGCGGGUACUCGAGUUUGAGAAGAAGCAGGAGGAAAGCCGGCUCAUCAAUUUAAAUAAUAUCGCGUGGCAGCAAGAUGAGAUCGAGAAGCUGCGCAACAAAGAGGCUGAAAAUGCUAAAGUGCGGCAGGAACUUGCGGAAGGAAACGAGCAACUGAAACAUUUCAAGGCUAUGGAACAAGAGGAAAACAAAAUUAUAGAUAUAAGGAUACAAAACUAUCAUCGAAUGAAAGAAGAGAGAGAGGCCAAAAAGAUGGAAGAGCAGAAAUUAGAGAGAUUGAGAAAAGAACGAGAAAAAACCAGAGUAGCGAUGCGAACGGUGCAGACGCACGAGCUUCAGGCGCAAAUUGAUGAAAUCAAUGCGGCUCGGGUUCAGGAAGAGGUAGAACGGGAAUGGAGACGAAAAGAGAAGGAAGAAGCUUUAAAGAAAGUGGAGGCUCAAAAGAUUCUUCAGAGACAAAGGGAGGAACAAAUAAACAAUAAGCGAAUAAUGCAAGCCAUCGAGAUCGAGCGAGAGAGGCGGGAAUUCGAGAGGCGUGCACGUGUGCAAAAAGCAGCUUUUUGUAGAGAAAAGAAGGAACUUGGACAAAAGCAACAGCAGGCUCAAAUUCAUCGCAGUGAAAUAUUAAAGCAGGUAAAUGAAAAGGAACGAGAGCGCAUUGCUGAACGGCAAAAAAUGUUUGAAGAAGGCUUGGCAAUACGUGCUGAAACUGCGAUGCGUAAGAAGAAAUUACAAGAUGCAAUGGAACGAAAGUACCAAGAAAUGAGAGAGAACAAAGUCCCUGAUAUUUAUAUUAACGAAGUGAAACGGAUGAUCGAAACUAUUCAAUGAGUUAUUUGAUCAGACUGCGUGUGAAAAAGAAAAUUAAGAGAAAUAAAAAAGUAUAAUAUACA